UAGGCUACAGAAACAGUGUGUCCUUAUCUAUAAAUAUACUGAUAUACCUAUUUACAGGCACAUGUGUGGCAGCUGAGAAGAAUAGAGGAGGCUAUCAUGCUUUUUGCACUAGUCUUUGCUCUUUGCUUUCAAUUUAUUCUUGGAUCAUUUCCUUUUCAUUGUGGUCUCAUUUUAUGUGACAUUCCAUUAUGUCCUAAUCCAAUCAACAAACCUGAAUUCUGCUGUCCUGUUUGUCCUGAUAGGACACCAUCUCCUCCUUCUCCUACACUACCUACUGGCCCUCCAACCCUCCCUCCUCCUCCUGUAGUACCUCCUGGAGGAGGAUGUGCUGGAGUCAGAUGUGAUGUACCUUGUCCUAAUCCCAUUCCUCCUAAAGAGGGCGAGUGCUGCCCAAGAUGUCUUGAAGAUUGUCGUGUUAUAUCGUGUGUAUUACCAAUCUGUGAUGUACCUACCAUUACUCCUCUUGGGCGUUGCUGUCCUUUAUGUCCAAGCACUCCAGCCCCAACGACAUCACCACCAACAGCAGGGCCAUCAUGCCCUCCUGAUGUUCCUCUUGUAUCCUGUGUCAAUGCUGCUACAGCUUGUGAAGAAGAAAUCUGUCCGAACUUCCGUAAUGCUCGCUGUGUUUUUGAUAAUUGUGGUGGCUGCAACACAAAAUUCUUUGUUGGGCAAAGAGAAGUAACUGAUAGAUGUGGUAGAGUUGGUGACAGACCACCCUCUGCUACAUGUCCUCCUAAUGUUCCUAUUCAUAGAUGUGCUAAUGCCCCUACAGCUUGUGAGGAAGCAACUUGCCCUAACUUUCCAAAUGCUCGUUGUAUCUUUGAUAAUUGUGGUGGCUGUGAUGCUAAAUUUUUUGUUGGAAAUAGAGAUGUCACCAAAAGAUGUGGAAGAACUGCACCUGCUGUUUCUCCUCCCUCUCCUCCUGCUACUCCUUCUCCUCCUACUACUCCUUCUCCUCCAUCAUGUCCUCCUGAUGUUCCUCUUGUCUUCUGUGCCAAUGCUGCUACAGCUUGUAAUGAAGCUACCUGCCCCAACUUUCCAAAUGCUCGCUGUAUCUUUGAUAAUUGUGGUGACUGUCAUACCAAGUUCUUUAUUGGUAACAGAGAUGUGACUGAUAAAUGCACUGGUCCAUCAACUCAGGCUCCCCCUCCUCUUCCUCAUUCAUGUCCGCCAAACGUACCUCUUGUAAACUGUUUUAGUGAUCCAUGUCGAACAGCAAGGUGUCCUUUAUUUCCUAAUGCAAGAUGCAUCUUCGAUAGUUGUGGUGGAUGCAAUGCCAAGUUCUUUGUUGGCCGAAGAGAAGUAACAAACAGAUGCAAUAGUCAUGGAUCUUGUCCAGUGGACGGUCAGGUUUUUCAAGAGUGUCGUUCCUGUCCAGCAACUUGUUCUAAUCCUGAAAUUGCAUGUGCAGCUGUGUGCAUACCAGGGUGUGGCUGCCCUGAUGGGAAACUAAUUGACGAGAAGAAUAAUAUAUGUGUUGACAGGGAAGAUUGCUCCAUUGAAGGAGGAGGUACUGCAGUUGGUCAUUCUUGUCCGAUUGCUGGCCAAGUCUUUCAGAGAUGCCGGUCUUGUCCAGCCACAUGUUCUAAUCCUAACAGGAUAUGCACAUUAGAGUGCAGGCCAGGCUGUGGCUGUCCUCCUGGUCAUGUUAUUGAUGAAGCAAACAAAAGAUGCGUUCCACUAGAUAAAUGUCCAACCUCAUCUAAUAUUUGCGAUCUGCGUCCCAAGAGAGGACCUUGUAGAGCUUUCAUAAGACGCUACUAUUACAACUCAUUGACUGGAAGGUGUGACAGUUUCAUCUAUGGAGGCUGUCAAGGGAAUGAAAAUAACUUCCGCAGCGUUCAAGACUGUCGUAGAAAGUGCAGAGGUCAAGGAGGAACUUCAUCUUCUGCCAUUUGCCUCCUUCCAAGAGUCACUGGUCCAUGCAGAGCCGCUUUUAGAAGAUAUUUUUAUAAUUCAGCAACAAAAAGAUGUGAGCCUUUCGUCUAUGGAGGCUGUGCUGGUAAUGAGAACAACUUCAGGACUUUGAGUGAAUGUCAGUCUGAAUGCAACAAAGAAACUCCAGCUUUAUGUCUGCUUCCUCGUGAGCCUGGACCAUGCCGUGCAUCAAUCUCACGUUGGCAUUAUAAUUCACAGAGCCGCCAGUGUGAGAGGUUCAUAUAUGGUGGCUGUCGUGGUAAUGAUAAUAACUUUUCAACCAAGUCAGAGUGUGAGAGUGUAUGUCAUAGAGGGGACCCUCCUAAUAGACCACCAGUCUGCACUGAAGUGUUUUGCACUGGAAAUCCAAAUCACAUAUGCACACUUCCAUCUGAUACUCCCAAUACUGUUCCAGGUCGCUCUCAUUGUGAUGUGACAGUCUGUAGGGCUUGCUACCAUUCCUUAUAUCCUCUUCCACACCCUCCUCUCCACAGGAGGUGCCCCCAAGUCAUCCCUCUAUUUAGAAGGAACUCUUCCAAGUGCAGUAGCCCUGAUCUCAUUCGUCAGUGGGGCUAUUGCAUACAAAGGGCACACAGGAGAGCCUAUGGGUAUCUUUAUGGGAACCUUUAUCAUGGAGGCUCAUUUAGAUGUUAUCGUCCACCUUAUCCAUUUUACGGAUGAUAUAAUAAAGGCUUUAAAGCUUGAUCAUAAUGAAUAAUACUAAACUAUAGAGUUUACUGUUACUGAUCCUCUUGUGUUGUUUUCUUUUCACUAUUAUUAUUAAUUUCAGUAGUUAAAAAGUUGUUAUUAUAUCAAGAUUUUUUCUGCAUAAAAUUUGUUUAAUAAUAUGUUUUUUUUUUCAGUGCAUAUGUUAUUUUUGG